ACGCGGCUUCUGAUCUUCCGUCACAUCAGCUCCGCAAUACUGGCAGGGGACGAACAGGAAAUUUUAACUAAAAGACAGCUGUAAGAGUGUUUGCUCCCUUUUAUUUGUAGGAAACCAGUGUAUUCCUGUAAUUCAACUGCUUGUAUUAAUUGUCCCACCUAUUUAGUCGCGAAGACAAUGCUUCAGUGUCUAUCUGGAAGUUCGUGUGCGCGUGUCAUAGAAGGUUACAGGUCUACGUGGUAUUUCUUGGUCCUGGUGCUGGGGUAUGUGUUAUAUCUGUUAUUCGGGGCUUUAGUGUUUUCCGCGGUGGAGCUGCCGUAUGAAGAGCAGCUUCGGCAGGAGCUUCGGACCGUGAAGCAGCAGUUUCUAGAGGAUAAUGAAUGUCUGUCCGAAGAAAGACUCGAGGAGUUUCUCACCAGGGCUCUAGAGGCGAGUAAUUACGGUGUGUCGGUUCUCAAUAAUGCUACCACUAACUGGAACUGGGAUUUCACGUCAGCGCUCUUCUUCGCCAGCACUGUGCUUUCCACGACAGGAUAUGGCCACACCGUUCCUCUCUCAGAUGGUGGUAAGGCCUUCUGCAUCAUUUACUCAGUGGUGGGAAUCCCAUUCACCCUGCUGUUCCUGACUGCAGUGGUCCAGAGGAUCAUGGAGUUCAGUACCCGCAGGCCAGUGGAGUACCUGCACCGGCGCUGGGGCAUGUCCAAACCUACGCUGGCUGCCCUGCACGCCACUCUUCUGGCUAUUAUAACCAUCUCCUGCUUCUUCCUCAUACCUGCCAUCAUCUUCUCAGUACUGGAAGAGGACUGGAAUUUCCUGGAGUCCUUCUAUUUCUGCUUCAUCUCUCUAAGUACUAUUGGCUUAGGCGACUAUGUACCAGGAGAAGGCUAUCAUCAGAGGUUCAGAGAACUCUAUAAAUUAGGCAUAACAAUAUAUCUGAUAUUGGGCUUGAUCGCGAUGUUGGUGGUUCUGGAAACCUUCUGUGAACUUCAGCACCUGAAGAAGCUCAGGAAGAUGUUCUACUUAAGGAAACAAAAAACAGAGGACCAGCUUAACAUUGUGGAUCAUGAUCACCUCUCAUUUGCCUCUGUGUCAGACCAGGCAGCCUCAUUUAGGGAAGAUAAGACGGAUAUGUUUCCUGAUGACAUAGUCUCUGCCUCACCUGCUACCUCCAAUGGACCAAUGGACCGAUGAGACGUACUGAAAUUCUGUCAUGUAAACUUGACACGUUAAUAUUUCUGAAACAUCUCCGCUAAGAGCAUAAAUGUAUUGUUAGUGUACCGUACUCUGCUGUCACAUUAACGGAAAACUACCAUAGAUACAAAUAUUUGAAACACAUGCUAAAGGUAAUUUAUUAUUGAUAAGGAUUAUAUGAAUUUGUAGAAUACAUAAUAUCAUAUGAGAUCAUUGUUCAUGCAGCUGCUGAACUGGAAAACAUGUUGUGACCAGGGUUUUGUGUGUGUUUGUGUGCGUAUGUUAAAGAUAAAUCCAUCCAUUACUCUGAAUAUAAAUAGUUAACUGGUAAGUGGUUGUAGACUAGUAUAUCAUACUUCAUAUGCUGUUCUUGUUAGGUGACUUAAAGGGAUCCACAUCCUGUAUUACAGAUGUAUUAAUGGGAAUCAUGUCUUACUUAGACUAAGUUUGUAGGCAUUGCUUAAGAAAGGAAAACACUACAUGACUCUUAAGACAAUUUCUGCCCUGAUUUACAGUCUGGAAAAGUCGACACUAUCAAGUAUAGUAAUAAGUUUUUUUUUUUUUUUGCUUCAGAUUAUGAUUAUAUCCUGUCGGAGGAUAUCAAAAGUUGUAUAUUUAGAGCUGAUUUCAGAACACAUUGUUUUCAUUUGUCAGUAAAAAAUGCACACAUUUCUGUGUGAGUUUGUUGUGUUUUUGGAAAAUCUGGUGAUUGUUUGAUCCUUAGACUUUUAGUCGUUUUAAAAGUUGUGUGGUGUAUUCCAGCCUUAAUUCUACUCAAGGUCUGCAAUUGCACGAUACCUAGUGUUUUAAAAUCUGUUUUUGAUUUAAAAAAUCAUGUAGUGUAUUCCAGCCUUUAGCCAUGGCGCAUUGUUUUUUUGUUUUUGUUUUUUGUUUUUGUUUUCUUAGAUUUUUUUGAAAAGACAGGGGCAGGUCCCUGGUGACAUUCUUUAAUUAACUUGUAAAGGGAAUUUAUAAUAUAAAUUUUAGUAGAGACAUCAGACAAUCAGAAAUCUGUAUAUUUAAUUUCUUUACUUGGCUUUAGUCAUGUUGGCUCUUCUGCAGUUGCAGUAGGCAUUGUCCACCACCUAAAGGUGCUGUUGUGCAUUGAGUGUCAUUACUGUUGUAUUGUAAGAUGAGAGCAUCAUUGCAUCGGUACAUUCUUGACAUAUACCCAGUGACUGGGUAUAUUGCUGAAGGGAACUCAUGUUAAUUUAUAAUUAUUUUUGGUUUAAAUUUGCAUAUUUAAAUUGUAUUGCACAUGCCUAAAGAUACUGAAAGUUGUGCAUUUAUUGUACCAUAUGUCUUGAGUUGCACUUUAACAAAACAGAAUAAACUUGAUUUUUGGUUAUACUGUA